AUGAUUUUAAUCGUUUGCUGGGUUUUCGAAACGCCAGAAACGGAAUUUCGAAAUCGAAUUGGUUCACGUGAGGAGAAAGCGAUCGUACGGGAAGGCUCCAUUGGUAACGAUUCGAAAAUACGCUCCGCCUUGACAAGCGUUUUGGCAAAAAAAAAUGGCGAAAAAUAUAACUUUUUUGAAGAUGAACAAGUGCGAAAAACGGGUUCAAUUUUCGAAAGGCGGAAGGAUAUGCAAUAUGUCAAAGAGGCAUUACCACGUGCACGCUUAAAUGGUUUUCAUAUAAAGAUGGAAGAUGACUGUCCGCAAGGUGGCGAUGAUACAAGGUUAUCCGUACUUCGUGCUCUCGGAACGCACAACUGUCGAACAGUACCGUGCGUUCUUUGUGAGCGAAAUUUAGUUGUUUACGACAGAUAUCCGCUCAUCGAUGGUACCUUCUUUCUUUCGCCAGUACAACACUCCAAAGCUGCAGUUAACAUGAAAUUUGAGUCCAAGACUGGUUAUUUGCAUGCAAUUUGCAUCACAUGCAUGCACACCGAGUGGAAAUGUCCCGGUUGUGGUAACAGUGGAUGGUUUCUUGGUUCGGCGUUAAUUGUAGGAACACUGUACACUUACGACGUUUUGUCAAGUACCAUUUGUUGUAUACCAGUUUGCAGACAUUGUCGUGCACUAUGGCUUGACUUGGAACCAAGCUGUAAAACAAAUCGAUAUUUGGGGAAGAAAACACUUGAAGAACGUCGUUCUUCCGAUAUUUAUCGUUUGAUUUUCUAUCACAGGUUUUGCACCGAUCAUUCUUUUCAAAAAAAGAAAAGUGAAAAUGACGGUGUUCGUAAUUACCUUUUCCACUUUGUCGAACAAAGAUCGAACAUCGAUGACUACUGUGACUCUUAA